CUGGAGGAACUUUUUGACGGCCACUAUCCAUGCUCGAACCAGACUGGCGCCAAACAUCGGCAGCUUAUUAGAUGGAUCAAGCAACGCGUCCUAUCAGUCAUCCCUGUCAGUCUUCUGCCGUAGGAUUGGCUAGCCAUUCCGUGCGAUUUGGGCCAGAUUGCUGUCGAUUGUGUGGUCUAUACCCUACGCAGUACGGAAAUACUAACAAGCAUUCAACAUUGCACUCACGGAUGUUUCUUUACACUUACUCUUCCCAAGUCGCUCGCCGACAAUGAGCACUUCACAUCUCGAUUCCAGAUGAACGUCGGACUUGCGUCGGAUACGGUACAAACCUCAUAGAUGUUCGCCGUUAGGAUUGCCGGUGCGGAACUCCCUCCGGAACAUGAUGCUUUCGCGCCAGCUUACGAGCCGAUGAUAAGCCCUCGAAAUCACAGCCGGCCGCGGCGUUUGCCCUGUGACAUUGAAGUCUUGGCUUGCAGGGACGAGCCACCCGCCAUUUCCAAAACCGCACACGCACGACAGGCCAACAGCUUUUCCGUCCGUUGCUUUGUCGUUCGCGCAAGAGUACAUUCCCGACCGGCACUGGUCUUCUUUCGGCAGGUCAAAAACCGACGCUGCGAUUGGGUACACCACACGUUGCGAACUUGAUGUUGUAUCAAGGAUGCUGGCCAACCCGACAUGGUGUAAUUCCCUCCACUGUUAUCGCAAUAGGCGCGUGAUCCCUUAUCAUUCAUUAUGUGCUCAAAACCAAAGCAGGCACUUUGUUAAGCGUGCCAAGAGACGUCAGGGACGUUUGUGCGGCGCGACUCCGCGCGCUGGGCCAUCGCGAGCCAUAUCCUGGGUUCCAUUUCUUGCUCUUCGGGCGGCGUGGCGGCAGAUGUGGCAGCCCGUGAAUAAGUCGUGAAAUACACGAAUAGCUUGCAUCCUCAUAGUCGAAAGGGUCAGUCAUGCGCCAGGGCGAUUGUUAAGAAGCUUCCGUAUUCGAUGUGAGUUCGAAAUGGUCUCUUGGCGCAAACCAAGCCAAUGACUCGCCUUUAGCCUUUAGUCUAGAUGGCUUUUUGAACAACAAUAAUCGAAGGUGAC